GUGAGGUGACGGUAAAAAUGGAUUUUUCGGUGAGCUACCUCCUGGUGGUGGCUUUCGUCUCUUUGGCUGCGGCGCAAUUCGAUACCCAUCAAUGGGUAGACCGGAGCGGAAUUGUGCACCUAUUCGAGUGGAAAUGGAAUGACAUAGCGGACGAAUGCGAACGGUUCCUCGCUCCGAAGGGAUAUGCCGGCGUCCAGGUUUCGCCACCAACGGAAAAUGUGGUCAUUCCGCCUAGACCUUGGUGGGAACGUUACCAACCAGUGUCAUAUAACCUGAAUACCCGGUCUGGAACUGAGGAGGAGUUCGCCAGUAUGGUUUGGCGGUGUAAUCAAGUUGGAGUGCGAAUUUACGUCGAUCUUAUCAUUAAUCACAUGGCGGCUACCGAUGGUGUUGGCACUGGAGGAUCUCACGUAGACUCGACCGGUUUGGACUUCCCGGCUGUUCCGUAUGUUAGUGCAGACUUCAAUGCACCCUGUGAGAUUACUGACUGGAAUGAUGCCUAUCAGGUUCGCAACUGCUGGCUUGUUGGAUUACCAGAUUUAAAUCUUAGUAUCGCGUCAGUGCGUGAUAGUAUUGUGGGAUUAAUGAACAAGUUAAUCGACUACGGCGUUGCUGGUUUUCGGGUGGAUGCUGCCAAGCAUAUGUGGCCAAACCAUCUGGAAAUCGUCUAUGGCAGUUUGAACAACCUUAAUACUCAGCAUGGUUUUAAGGAUGGCGCCCGAGCUUUCAUUACACAAGAAGUGAUCGAUUUGGGUGGUGGAGCAAUCACCAGAGAAGAAUACACUGGAUUAGGGACGAUUACAGAGUUCCGGUUUUCAGCAGAGAUUGGACGUGUUUUCAGGGGAUACGAUGAGUUACGGUGGCUCUCGAGCUGGGGUGAAGGCUGGGGCUUUCUGCCGUCACAUUUAGCUUUAGUGUUCGUUGAUAACCAUGAUAAUCAACGCGGACAUGGUGCUGGAGGCGAAAACGUACUCACAUAUAAACUACCAAGAAACUACAAAAUGGCUACCGCUUUCACGUUGGCUCAUCCAUAUGGAAUACCGCGAAUGAUGAGUUCUUUUGAUUUUGAGGAAAGUGAUCAAGGGCCUCCUCAGGAUGCUAACGGCAAUCUUAUUUCACCGUCAAUCAAUGAAGAUGGCACCUGCGGCAAUGGAUGGGUCUGCGAGCACCGUUGGCGACAGAUGUACAACAUGGUAGGCUUCCGGAAUGCUGUUUAUGGAACGGCACUGAACGACUGGUGGGAUAACGGAGGUCAACAGAUAGCGUUCUGUCGCGGCGGUAAAGGCUUCGUGGCAUUUAAUAAUGAGGAUUACGAUUUCAACAACCGUCUGCUGACGUGCCUUCCGGCGGGUCAAUACUGUGAUGUGAUUACCGGUAGCAAGAUUGACGGAAGCUGCACCGGUAGCGUGGUCCAAGUGGAAUCGGACGGUUAUGCUAACAUUUACAUUUCCAGUUCGGCUUACGAUGGCGUACUAGCGAUUCAUAUCAACGCGAGGCUCUAGAUUUCAGACUACAGGAUAAUGUUUACCAGUAUUUUUCUGUUUUCACAAUAUAUUAUGUUCAUAGAACAAAUCAAUAUGAAUGACGACUGUAUUUUUUUUUAAGACAAAAAUA